ACUGGAUCCUGCACGAGGAAGAACAAGAAGAAUGACUGCAGAAAAACUUCCCAACCCACCUGUUCCGGGACAGAAGUUUCCUGAAAAGGUCUGACAGAGGAAUCACCUUUCAUUCAUUUGUUUGCUUGUUUUAAGUCAAUAAAUCAGCGCAGGACCGACGAUGGGUGAGUGCUGCCUGUCUCCAGAAGAGAGCGAGAGGCUGAGGAUACACAGAGAGAUAGAAAGGCAGCUCCGACGGGAUAAAAGAGACUCUCACCGGGAGCUGAAGCUGCUGCUUUUAGGGACCGGUGAAAGUGGCAAGAGCACUUUCAUCAAACAGAUGAGGAUCAUCCAUGGCAAAGGGUACAAUGACACUGACAGGCAAGGUUUCACUCGCCUGGUGUUUCAGAACAUCAUGACGGCCAUCCAGGUGCUCAUCAAAGCCAUGGAGGACUUGGAGAUCGUCUACGUCGACGACCACAACAUUGAACAUGCGCGGAGGCUGAGCCAAGUGGACGCAGACCAGGUGUCCACUUUGGACGCCUGGCAGGUGGACGCCAUUAGAAAAGUGUGGAAUGACCACGGGGUUCAAAGCUGCUAUGACCGCAGGAGGGAAUUCCAGUUGUCAGACUCUGCGAAAUAUUACCUCAGCGACUUGGACAGAAUCACAGCUGCGUUUUACAUCCCCACCCUGCAGGACAUCUUGAGGGUCCGGGUACCCACCACAGGCAUCAUCGAGUACCCCUUUGACCUCUCCAAAGUCAUCUUUAGGAUGGUGGAUGUGGGCGGCCAGCGUUCAGAAAGGAAGAAAUGGAUCCACUGUUUUGAGAAUGUCACGUCCAUCAUAUUCCUGGCGGCCCUUAGUGAAUACGAUCAGGUCCUCUAUGAGAAUGAGAACAUUGUAAGUUCAGAUAAUCGGUUAAGUGAAAGCCUUGCCUUGUUCAAGACUAUCCUGUCCUACCAGUGGUUCCAGGAAUCCUCCACCAUCCUCUUUCUGAAUAAAACCGACUUGUUAGAAGAGAAGAUCACAAAAUCCCAUUUGGCAACAUACUUCGAAGCUUACACCGGACCUAAAGGUGUAGCUGAACCUGCCAAACAGUUCAUCCUAAAAAUGUACAAGGAGCAGCACAUUGGACGCCACAAACCCCUGUACCCACACUUCACCUGUGCCACGGACACAGAGAACAUCCGAUUUGUCUUCAAGUCCGUCAGAGACACACUGUUUAGAGACAACCUGGAGAAGUUCAACCUGGAAUAAGAAGAUUUGAACACAGCGAUUCCUGACAGACAGCUACACUUGAAUGGACCUUGUAUGUGUACGUGCUGUUUUAAAAAGCAUCAAAGCGACGUCAUCAGUGUCAUGUGAGGUUUAUUUUUCUACGAACUGUUCCAUGUAACAUGUGCCACUUUCCUGCAACAUUACACAUCCGUUUUCUUUAUUAGUGAGUGCAGUUUUAAUUGAUUGUCAUAGCGAACUUUGUUUCUGUUUGUAAUCACUUUUUGUGCUGGUAUCAAACUGGUUUGGAAGUCUUAUUUAGUAAGAAUGCAGCCUACCCUGCCUGACAGGUCUGAGGAGGAAGUGAAAGAAAAGCCUGCCAGGAGCGCCAGUGCCUUAGAUUGUAAUUUAUACUUACGGGGAAUUUGUUUUUGUUUUGUUACCUCCGCCAAGGAGGUUAUGUUUUUGCCAGGGUUUGUUUGUUUGUUUGUUUGUCUGUUUGUCUGUUUGUCUGUCCGUUAGUGUGCAACAUAACUCAAAAAGU